AAAUGUUUGUCAUCCGCCAUCAAAUUGUAGUGUAAAGAAGAAACGGCUAGUGAGAAGCUAGCCCGGCGUCAGAAUAUUUUUUUUAAAGCGAAAUAUGGCUGCUGUGCUUCCUGUCAGACCACCCUGUGAUAGCAAUCCCGCUACCCCUGGAGCACAAUCUAUAAAGGAGGAUGUAAUAGAAGAAGAGUCCAACGAUGGCAGCCAGCCUCCCAAAAGACGAAGAAUGGGCUCAGGGGACAGCUCUCGUAGCUGUGACACCUCCAGCCAAGAGCUCAGCUCAACAUAUUUCCCUGCAGAGAACCUGACAGAGUAUAAGUGGCCGCCAGAUGACACAGGAGAGUAUUACAUGCUCCAGGAGCAGGUCAGCGAGUAUCUAGGAGUCACAUCCUUCAAGAGGAAGUACCCUGAUAUGGAGAGGAGAGACUUGUCCCACAAAGAGAAGCUAUACCUGCGUGAACAAAAUGUAAUCACUGAGACACAGUGCACCUUGGGUCUGACAGCCCUUCGGAGUGAUGAGGUGAUAGAUCUGAUGAUUAAGGAGUACCCCACCAAACACUCUGAGUAUUCAGUCAUACUGCAGGAGAGAGAACGACAGAGAAUAGCUAAAGAGUACUCUCAAAUGCAGCAGCAGCAGAACCCUCAGAAGGUGGAGGCCAGCAAGGUUCCUGAGUACAUUAAGAAGGCAGCAAAGAAAGCCGCAGAGUUCAACAGUAACUUCAACAGGGAGCGCAUGGAGGAGAGGAGAGCUUAUUUUGACCUUCAGACACAUAUUAUUCAGGUGCCUCAGGGCAGGUUCAAGGUGUUGGCUCCAGAGCUGACCAGGACGGGGCCCUACCCUGUGGCUCUUAUACCAGGACAGUUCCAAGACUACUACAAAAGGUACUCCCCCAAUGAGCUGCGAUACCUGCCACUGAAUACAGCUCUGUUUGAGCCUCCCCUGGACCCUGAGCUCCCUGCUCUGGACUCAGAGCCUGACUCAGAUGAUGCAGAGGAUGGCAAAGAUGACAAGAAGAACAAGAACUCAUCGGGCAGUUCUUCGGGUAACACAUCAGAUGUGGAGAGCCAGGAGGGACAGGGUCACAAGUCCAAGGCCAAAGACAGGACAUCCACGGCAGGCAAAGACAGCAGCCAGCGCCAUUCAGCCUCCCACAAAGCCGCCCCAGGGUACAAGUGUCUUCAAUAUACCUCUCGUCUCUCCUCACUUGUCAAAACAAAGAUACUUCAAGACAAACAACUGUUUGGCAUGGGCGUUACCUGUCCCUAUACUGUCGUCUGGGAGAGAGGAGGACUUGCUGACCUUGUUCACACUGUUCCUGAGCUGAGCUAGAGGUGGUCUGCAUGCUGUCUGUCUGGAUGUGGACUCCACUGGACAUGCCCCAUAUCAGCAUGCUAUUCUUAACACCCAGUCAUGGCAUAUCUUUGGUAGUCGCCUUGAAUCUCUUCUGAAUAUUCAUGAUGUUGUAGAUGAGUAAGCAGGGUUUGGUCCCUAUAGCCUACUGAGCUAUGCAUUUUAUUGGUUUUGGUUUACUGUUCUAGUCCUCAGCCUGGCAGAAGGACACCUAAUAGCUAUCCAUCCAUCUAUGCCACUUAUCCUGCAGAGGGUCACAGGGGUCCACUCUGGACAGGUUGCCAAUCUAUCACAGGGCUGACAGGACACCUUAUAUAUGCUGGUAUAUUACUGUUAAUGAGAGCAUGAUGGACCUGGGUCAGUCCUUUUUAGCUCAGCUCUGUGGUGUGGGCAUGGUCCUUUUGUAGUAUCUGUUUAUCAUUUACUAGUUUAAGUUUGAUUUAACUUUGAUAUUACUCCUCAGAUUAUUUUGCAUAUGCUUCAAGCCUAUAGACACGACAAGUUGGAAACCAGAGUUAGUCAGUAACACAAUUUCCCUGCACUGUAUCAAUCUGUGGUGGAUACAAAAGGAUAAUGUAUAGGUGUAAUAACAUUCAGGAAUUGAUACAGUAUAGAGAAGUCGAGUGUGAUUCAUCAUUUUGUAAUCGAUAAAUCAGCCAAAGUAAAAUGGCUGUGGAGUUGACAGUGAUAGAUUUUCCCCUUUUCCGAAAAUCCCAACAGAUGAACGAUUUCUAAUAACUUUUGAUUCUCCACAAAGACAUUACAUAUGACAGCAAAUCUUUCAAUCAGUGAUGCAGGCUGCAAGCUGAUUAACAUUACUUCGCUCUGGUCUGGCUACCAUUGACGGUAUAAGCUGUUGUUAAUGGUGACCUCAUUACUGGGGGAAACUCACUGAAGCUUUGCAGUAGUGUGGUAUUUCACAAACCGCUUACGAAUAAAAAUGAAUUAUGAACACCAAAGUUGGAAUUAGAGCAGUGUUUUGUUCAGAUGUGAUACAUGUUGCAUGUUAAAUACAUGUUAAAUCUGUAUUGCACCAUUUAUUAUGACAUAUCAGAUAUACUGUCAGUAUUUCUGCCGCUGAGUCCUUGAACCCUACAGCUGUUAGCAUAGCCAAGAAUGUGAGAUACUAUUUUAAUCCUCAGAAGAGGCUCAGUCAGGUUUGGUAUUUUGUAUAUCAGGUAUAUUGAAUUCGAGGGCCAUGAUCAUCACUACUAGACUUCAUCACUAGACACUGUACAUGCAGCGCAGGCAGGUGGACCGUUGUGAGCUAACAGGUUAGCAUCUGUCACAACAGUUCCAAAUUUUACAACUUACAUUAGUGAAAUGUAAGACAUAAUUACUUAGAUUUCAAUAAAAGUAAAAACAAGAUUUUUAUACUGUUUGUUCCACUGAUCUAGGAUCUGUGGAAUUCAACUGUGGAUGAGUUUAAAGUUUCCACUUAAGUUUCCCUACUAGUGUUUGCUUUUGUGUCUACAUAAUGUUUAGAGCAUUAUAAUAUAAAGCUGUCAGAUUAUGUAUAAGCAAACAUGCUUGAAAGUGAGUAAAUAGUUUUCUUUAAGGUUCAUAAAAUACAGUAUUUCUUGUCCAAAUGUAGGUAAUUUAGAAUUAAACUUAUUUAAACUUGCUGGAUUCAGCCUCAUGAGUUGCUCAUUUUGACAUCUUCUGGCUGAGCAGACUUAUCAGCUGUUGUGUGUGCCCACAAACACAUUUUUAUAGUUGUGAAGAGUCAGUGCACGAUAGCAGUGUGAACAAACCUUUUAGUUCUUCAGAAAUCCAAUGAGGCCAAAUGUGCUAAAGCUGAAUUUUGGUAAUAUAUAUGCACAUAGACACAGUGAAAGUGUGCACUAGCAGUUUAGGCAGCUGUGUUCAACUUUCUUUUUCUUCUCUCUCUCUCUCCUGUUGCUGUUUUUCUCUUAGUAGUUUUUUGCUUUGUUUCUGGUCUUGGAGUUGUAUUGUCACCAAACCAUAUCCUUUAUUGACCCAUCGUUGUUUCCCUUUGUUUAGUCUAAUCUGCUCACUUCUUGUUAGGGGACAUUUUAAUGAAUUAUGUUUCAUUAUAUUUGUAGGAGUUUGAAGUGACUGGACAUUAUGCAGAUUCAUCAGAAAGUGCAUGCUUUGCCCAUGAAUAAUAGGAAAGCCGAUUAGUCCAGAUGUUGUACAUUUUGGGGAU